AUGGGCUUCUCUUCCGAGCUGUGCAGCCCCCAAGGCCAUGGGGCAGUACAGCAGAUGCAGGAGGCUGAGCUGCGGUUGCUGGAGGGCAUGAGAAAGUGGAUGGCCCAGCGGGUCAAGAGUGACAGGGAAUAUGCAGGGCUGCUGCACCACAUGUCGCUGCAGGACGGCGGAGGCCGGGGCACGGGCCCCUAUAGCCCCAUCAGCCAGUCCUGGGCCGAGAUCACCAGCCAGACGGAGGGCCUGAGCCGGCUGCUGAGGCAGCACGCGGAGGAUCUGAACUCGGGGCCCCUGAGUAAGCUGGGCCUGCUGAUCCGGGAGCGGCAGCAGCUGCGCAAGACCUACAGCGAGCAGUGGCAGCAGCUCCAGCAGGAGCUCACCAAGACCCACAACCAGGACAUCGAGAAGCUGAAGAGCCAGUACCGAGCCCUGGCACGGGACAGCGCCCAGGCCCGGCGCAAGUACCAGGAGGCCAGCAAAGACAAAGACCGCGACAAGGCCAAGGACAAGUACGUGCGCAGCCUGUGGAAGCUCUUUGCUCACCACAACCGCUACGUGCUGGGCGUGCGGGCCGCGCAGCUGCACCACCACCACCACCACCAGCUCAUGCUCCCCGGCCUGCUUCAGUCGCUACAGGACCUGCACCAGGAGAUGGCAUGCAUCCUGAAGGAAAUCCUGCAGGAGUACCUGGAGAUCAGCAGCCUGGUGCAGGACGAGGUGGUGACCAUUCACCUGGAGAUGGCUGCAGCUGUCGCCCGCAUCCAGCCCGAGGCCGAGUACCAAGGCUUCCUGCGACAGUAUGGGUCCACACCUGACGUCCCACCCUGCGUCACCUUUGAUGAGUCACUUCUCGAGGAGGGAGAACCGCUGGAGCCCGGGGAGCUGCAGCUGAACGAGCUGACCGUGGAGAGCGUGCAGCACACGCUGACCUCGGUGACGGAUGAGCUGACCGUGGCCACCCAGACGGUGCUCAGCCGGCAGGAAGCGGUCGCUCAGCUGCAGCGCGAGCUCCAGAACGAGGAGCAGAACACCCACCCCCGGGAGCGGGUGCAGCUGCUGGCCAAGAAGCAGGUGUUGCAAGAGGCGCUGCAGGCGCUGCAGGUGGCGUUGUGCAGCCAGGCCAAGCUGCAGGCCCAGCGGGAGCUGCUGCAGGCCAAGCUGGAGCAGCUGGGCCCUGGCGAGCCCCCGCCCGUCCUGCUCCUGCAGGAUGACCGCCACUCCACGUCGUCCUCGGUGAGCCGCCCGCCGCCAUCCGCCGCCGCCAGCCACGCCUGCCCGCCCGGGGCGCGCUCCUCAUCUUGUACCAGAGGUGCAGAAGCCUGCACGAGCAGCUGUGAACCUCUACCUGCGACUAUGGAAGGAGGCGGCUUUGGCAUCCUUUCGUCCGACCACCUCCUGCGCUCCAACCUCACCAAGAAAGAGGGAUUGUCCUCCAGCAAGUGUGCCAAGGUGAGCCAGUGCCACCAGCCCUCCCUCCCCCAGGACAAGUGGGUGCUAAGCCAUGAGGACCUGGUUGGAGGACAGGUCCCUGGGAGGGGAGAACUUUGGCCAGUGUUCAGUGUCGGGCGCCUGAGGGCCGACAACACUCUGGUGGCCGUGAAAUCUUGUCGCUGAACUCCACCUGACAUCAGCUGGCCAAAGCUCUCCACUGCCACUCUCCGCCCUCCCUCCGUCUCCCCUGGGGCUGCCGGGGCUCCAGCAGUGCAGUGGCGUGCCAGCCCAGUAGAAUACCUGGCGACAGUGCCCUGCAGGAUCCUGAAGCAUUUAGCCACCCCAACAUCGGUCUUGCGUCAUUCAUGUCCCGGCCUGCACCAGAAAGCAACCAUCUACAUCGUCAUGGGCUUUCGUGCAGGAGAGGGCUUCCUGAGCUGCUUCCCUGAGGGCGGAGGGGGAGCCAGCAGCCUGAUGAAGACGCUGCUGCAGAUGGUGGGCGACGCGGCCGCGGGCAUGGAGUACCUGAAACAGGACCUAGCUGCUCGGAACUGCCUGGUGACGGAGAAGAACGUCCUGAAGAUCAGUGACUUCGGGAUGUCUCGGGAGGAAGCCGAUGGGAUCUACGCGGCCUCAGGGGGCCUCAGACAAGUUCCGGUGAAGUGGACGGCACCCGAAGCUCUUAACUACGGCCGCUACUCCUCUGAGAGCGACGUGUGGAGCUUCGGCAUCUUGCUGUGGGAGACCUUCAGCCUGGGCGCCUCCCCCUACCCCAACCUCAGCAAUCAGCAGACCCGCGAGUUUGUGGAAAAGGGUGGCCGCCUGCCCUGCCCCGAGCUGUGCCCCGACGCUGUGUUCAGGCUCAUGGAGCAGUGCUGGGCCUACGAGCCCGGGCAGCGGCCCAGCUUCAGCGCCAUCUACCAGGAGCUGCAGAGCAUCCGAAAGCGGCAUCGGUGAGGCCGGCCCUGCUUCUCAAGCCGGCGGCCUCGACAGGCAAGAUCGUACCUCCUCCCCAGUCCAGCCCACACUGCCGGAUGGCUCUCGCAGUCCUGGACCGAGCCACUGGCGUCCAUGCUGCGGGCAUGCAUGUAGUUCGCUGGGCUGUGCAGUCCCGCUCCUGCCUGGGGCUCCCUCUCCAGAUGGAAAUAAUAAAACCACUUGUGCCC